UCCCAAACCUGGGGGUUAGGAGUAGGAGGAAGAUCCUCUCAUAUCUCUACUCUACUCACCAAAUCCAAACACCCUCAAUUUCAUGCUUCCUUUUCUCUAAGAUUCCCAACUCUCUCUCUCUCUGGCUUUUAUCUCUUUCUGGGUUGUGAGCUUUUUAGGGUUUUAGAGAAAGACCCAGAUAAAGAUUCGAGAAACGAGUGAUGGAGGACCGAUCAAGAACUGGGCUGCACGAUUUUACUAGGGCUUCUAGAAAGGCUGAAGAAUCAGCCUGGAGGCGAUUUCAAGCAGUUGAGUGGCUUGAGAGCUUUGUGGGUCCACUUGGCAUACCGAACCAGCCAUCGGAGAAAGAGUUCAUUUCUUGCCUGAGAAAUGGUCUCAUCCUAUGCAAUGCCAUAAACAAGAUUCAGCCCGGAUCAGUGCCUAGGGUGGUGGAGAGCCAUAUGCCUUUACAAUCACUAAGUAGGGAAUCUCAACCAUUGCCUGCAUAUCAGUACUUUGAGAAUGUCCGAAACUUUCUGGCCGCUGCUGAAGAGUUAAAGCUGCCUGCUUUUGAAGCCUCUGACCUUGAAAGGGAUACAUUGGAGGCAGGGUCUGCAGGGAAGGUCGUUGAUUGUGUUUUAGCCCUUAGAUCCUAUAAUGAGUGGAAGCAGAUGAGCAAUGGGAAUGGAUGUUAUAAACAUAUAAAAUCUCCCUUAGUUAUGCAUUCUGCCAAUAGAAUGCAUUCAAGACCCCCAGCUAUGGUCUCCUCGCACUCUUGCAGGAACUUGGAUAUGUCUGCUGGACUUGAUAGACAACUAUCAAUCGAGGAUGACAAACGGAAACCUGAAGUGGAUUCUAUAGAAUCUGUUGUCAAGUUAAUUGCUACUUCUAUGGUUGACAUAAAGGAAAACAUUGAUGAUAACCUUCUUGCUUCCUACCAUAACGGAGAUCUGGAUGCUGUUAGUGUCUUUAGAAGGAUCAUGACAAGUUGUCUAGAGGAACAUUUUCAAAAGAAGUUACCUGAGUUGGAGUGUACGUUAAAAGAAUCCUCCAAAGGAAGAAGCAGCUCACCUGCACAUUCAACAUCUAUUCCUCUAGAGGAUAUAUCUGCCGUUGAAAAUUCAAGUUGCUGCAAAGCUUGUUUGAGAAAGGGUAACUGCAACCACCGGCUUCUAUUUCAAAUGCAAGAGAAAGAACUAGUGGAUCUAAAGGCAUUGUGGUUAAGUGCAAAAACAGAGUUCGAAGACCUACAAUCCCAGCUGCACAGUGAUUUGAAAGACUUGGGGACACAGGUACAAGAGCUGUCUACUGCUGCUCUUGGCUAUCAUAAGGUGGUGCAAGAGAAUAGAAAACUGUACAACAUGGUUCAGGAUUUGAAAGGUAAUAUUAGAGUCUACUGCAGGAUUAGGCCGUCCUUCAAUUGUGAAUCCCAAAACAUUAUAGAUUUCAUUGGAGGGGAUGGAUCACUUGUGAUCUUGGACCCUGCAAAGCCCCAAAAGGAUGGAAGGAAAGUUUUUCAGUUCAAUCAAGUGUUUGGUCCAGCUGCUACCCAAGAUGAGAUUUUCAAGGACACUCAACCUUUGAUCAGGUCUGUGAUGGAUGGCUACAAUGUAUGCAUAUUUGCUUAUGGUCAAACUGGAUCAGGCAAAACACAUACCAUGAGUGGUCCAUCUGGUGGGUUAACUAGCGACAUGGGGAUUAAUUAUCUAGCUCUCAACGAUCUCUUCCAGAUGUCAAAAAGAAGGAAGGAUAUCAUACAUUAUGACAUUCAUGUUCAAAUGGUUGAAAUUUACAAUGAACAAGUACGAGAUCUUCUUGUACAAGAUUCAUCUACUGUCAAAUUAGAGAUCCGGAGCUGCACCGGUGAUAAUGGCUUGAGUAUUCCAGAUGCUACAAUGCAUUCAGUGAAUUCAACCACUGAUGUUCUUAACCUCAUGAAAUACGGUGAGGUGAAUCGAGUUGUCAGUACUACUGCAAUGAAUAACUGCAGUAGCCGUUCCCAUAGUGUCCUGACUGUCCAUGUGCAUGGAAAAGAUACAACUGGAGGUAUUUUCCACAGUUGCCUUCAUUUAGUUGACCUGGCAGGAAGUGAAACGUGGGACAAAUCUGAAGUUACAGGAGACAGGCUCAAAGAGGCCACAGUAUAUCAAACAAGUCUCUUUCUUGUUUAGGAGAUGUUUAUUACAGCCUUGGCUCAGAAGAAUUCUCACAUCCCUUACAGAAACAGCAAAACUCACUUUUUGUUGCAAGGCUCCUUAGGUGGACAUGCUAAAACUUUAAUGCUUGCUCAUGUGAGUCCAGAAGAAGAUUCUUUCAGUGAAACGGUUAGUACCUUGAAGUUUGCUCAGAGGGUUUCCACUGUUGAACUUGGUGCUGCUCGUGCAAACAAGCAGAGUGGUGAGGUUAUGCAACUCAAAGAACAGGUGGACACUUUAAAAAAGGCAUUAGCAAACAAGGAAGCUCAGGGUAUACAGUUCAACAAAACCUGGGACAAACCAGGAGCAGUGACUGAGAGGACUCCUCAAUGCACCAGAAGAUUAAGCAUUGAAAACUGCAGUACUGCAAAGACUGAGAAAGCACAGAACCCUGAAACAGAAAGGGAUCAAAAAAGUCCUUUGCCAACUCGUUUAAGAAGAUUGAGCUUGGAAGGCCCAAGAUCUGUUAAGAAGGAUGGUCUUCGGAUAUCACAUGACGUGGGGAAAUCCUCCCUACCAUCUAAGGUAAUGGAGGAAUAUGAUCAACUUCACGGUUCAGAAGCAGUCGCAAAGCCAGUUGGGCAUUUCAGCAAUCAUGAUGCCACAUUGGAAGUGCAUCGUACCAAAGCUCCUCGAAGUCCCACAAGCGCUUCCUAUCAGAAGCAAGUGUUAGAUGCUAAUAGUAGAAGACCAAAAAACAUGAAACCUCGUCCCAGGACUCCUCUUAGUCCAACAAGUGUUACCUAUCAGAAGAGAGUUCAGAAAACAGAUGGUAGAAAAACAAGUUCCUCUUCCUCAGCCACCAAACGACUCCUGAGUCCUCAUCCCAAGGCCCCUCGAAGUCCAAGGAUGACUACCUAUCAGAAGCAAGGGACACAAAUUCCUGUUCUGCGGAUUCCAUCAACACCUGAACCACCAAGAUUUGCUACAAAUGAGGUACAGCUUGUUAUGGAAAGCAAGGGCAGUCUUUCAACGGGUUAUGUAACACCUAAUUUGACAAGUAGAACAACUGGAAAAGGAUCACAGAUAAGGAGAUCCUUGCGGGACCAUUGGAAA